UACACGGCUGGCUGCCUGUGCCGGGACGUGGCGGAGGACAAGGGGGUGCAGUUCGGCAAGCAGAGCGUGGCCGCCGUCGCCGAGAUCACCUUCAGGCAGUGCGAGAACUUUGCAAGAGAUCUCGAAAUGUUUGCAAGGCAUGCAAAACGAAGCACAGUCACUACAGAAGAUGUGAAGCUUUUGGCGAGAAGGAGCAAUUCUUUGCUAAAGUACAUCACCCAGAAGAGUGAAGAGCUCACAUGGAGUAACAUGGAGCAAAAGGAGAAGAAGAAAAAGAAGUCCAGUGCAGCUAAGGGAGGGAGAACUUCUGGGGAACAAGCAGCAGCUGUGACAGAAAGUGAAGAUUCCAACAUGGCAUGA